GUUCUUCGGAGUGUGCCAUUCUCUUCGUCUUUGUUUUUUCGCCUGUUUGGCCACCUCCCGCCUCGCUUCUCCGUCCAGACGUCUGACCCUCUCGGCUUGACUCGACGUCGUUUCUGCCCGCCCCAGCUGUCCUUCACUAGCUGGUGCCCAAAGCUUCCGCCGCCGCCAGUUCGUCGCCUCUUUCGGCCGUGGUCAAUCUCUUCCAAUCGAGGUGGAGGCUGACUACAGAACGCCUCGCAACGCCAUCAACCGGCGCUGGGUCCAAUUUGGCUACGUAUUCCUGGAACUUGGGUCUUCCGUUAGUGCGCGACGAGCCAGAUCAGCGUGUUUCACUCUUGUUCUCCAGACUGCGUUUUCACCGAGCCCGUGGCCUUGGAUGGAAGCUUCGCAUGUCCAUCCCGCGUUCCCUUCAUCCACGGAUCCCAAACCUUCUCUGCUCAUGCUUCGCCUGUUCCUGAGCUUCUUGCACAAGCCCGUCCAAAUCUAAUGCGGACGGUGCAAUCAGAAGCGGAUCUUGACCUGACACCUGCCCGCCAAUGACGCCCGGUCCUGCUUGGACGUUCUGACCGCACUGCCCUUGCUUGUCCUUCCACGAUCCGGGCUUCGCAUUCGCAUCCCCCAUCUCGUUCGUCAUAGUUUGUUCUUUUCGCCUGAUUCGAUCUGAGUCACUGCCGCCUCGCAACGGCUUGCAUGGACCCUAAUUCCGCAAGCUCAGCUAUCUUGGUGUUAUUCCGGCAUGGACGCCCCUCCUGAUGCCAAACGCCCUCGUCUUGAUCAUGAAUCUGCAGGUCCAUAUCCUCCUUCUGGUCACCCACUUCGCUCUGCGUCAACACCCGUAGGACCUGCAACUCAACCCUCCCACGUGGAACACCUACCUCCGCCUCCGGUCGUUCAUUCCUACACCGCUCCACCCGCCUCUAUUGGACCCCAGGCACACCAUCCAGGACCGAUACCUGCUGCGCCUCCCGCCCGAGAGAACGGUGUUGACGCCCAUCGCCAUUCAUAUUCUGCUGCCACUUCCUCGGGCCCUUCUACGGACCACGCACCUGGGUAUGGCGUAGGUCCUGCACACCAUCAUUCUUAUCCUGCCGCAACUACGCAACCUGGGAGUGGCCCGCCGCAGUCUGCUGGGUACGACAGCAGCAGACGGACGUCCAGCGCUGAACGGCACGCAGGACCCAUGGCCGAGCAUCAGCAGCAUGGCCUUCCGCAUCCACCGCCUGGUCAGCAACCCUACAAUCCCCAGAUGGAUCCGCAGGUAAAUGGGAGCAUGCCUCCCAAUGGAAUACCGUACCAUCCGCCGGAGCAGUAUGCCGUAGGACCGGUUGCUCAUCGCCCUGGGUACCCGCCAACUCCUUCAACAGCAUACCACCCCAGCCCCAUAUAUGCCCAAGGACCAUCACACUUUGUCGGACAGCCCCGUCGCAAGCAAGUGAGGGCAACACAGGCUUGUAAUCACUGUCGCGCUCGUAAGCAGAAAUGCGACGAGAAUCGACCGUGUGGGUACUGCAGCAAUGAAGGAAUUCCCUGCGAGUACCGCGAGGUACCGCCGCCUAAGACCGACCGACAUAUCAUGCAGCUCCUUGAGCAGCAAAGAGCUAUUCAAGAUACGAUGGGUGAAAUGCGAAACAUGCAAGAAGCAAUGAAUCAACUGCUUCAAGAAGCUACCGGCAAAUUUAGUUCUAAUCAGCCAAAACUUUUGACUUCCGACCAGUUCAAUACGAGCGACCCGUCCGGGUAUGCGAAUCCUGGCGGCCUUGUCACUGCCGAUGAUGUCAAGGAUAUUGAUUCUGCUCUGGAGGCUGAGGAGCAGGUGCCGGAUCAACCGCCGAGUUCACAUGAAACCGGCGCGCAGUACCUUGUUCAGUGGCCAAUUAUCAAAGAAUACUUCAAGACUGCUGGUAUUUCGUCCGCCGAAUACGUUUUAGAGGAAACGGAGAAGGCCGGCACCCUCCGACCUUACGGCUCAUCCUUGGUGGAGAAUGGUCAAAUCGUUGAUAUUGCGUAUGACGAAGAGUGGGACGAAGAGACAAAGGAGCAGAAGACAACUGACCCUCUCGAGGACAUGUGGGGUGAUGGGCCUCAACAACGAGGUUUUAACAACCCGCCUAAUAUCGGCGGUGGAAAUCCCGAUGGUUCCCUGGAUCUUCGAAGCGAUACGAUCUGGAAGUUGUAUGACAGCUACAUGCGCAACAUGUGGGCGUUGCAUCCUUUCUUGGAUGUAAAGUGGCUUAAUGCGAAGAUUGAGGAAUUCGUCGCAAAGCAUUCGCCAUACGUCCAGAACCAUCAAACAGACGGGCACUUCACUAUGCCAGGUAUGCCAGCAUCCAGUGGACGACCAGAUACCCCAGGCGCUACAAUUGGCAAACGCAAAAGACCAUCUAGCGCUAGCGAGGACAAUAUGGAUUUCUCUCCUUCGGAAAAUACCCGCAAGUGGCAGGCACCAAAGAAGAUGCCCGAUCGGUCGAUGCAAAAUGCCAUCAUCUUGCUUGUUCUCGCUCUUGGGAGGGUGCUGAUGGAAGAUCGAUUUUUACUAGAAGAGUUCGCAGUUAAGUCGCCUUCUGCUGAAUCUUCCGAAAUGUCAUACGCGAAUUCGCCGUACGAUGCAUCCAAACCUUCACCCAGAGCUUACAUGGCCUUCGAGACUGCCUCUUCUCCAGGAGACAUGAAAGCAGCGACUAUGGCACGAGGCGCUUCUUUGGAUAGUGCCCGGUCGCGGCGUCCCAGAAGAAGCGGCCGCAUCCCAAAUAUUGAGCUCUUUCCCGGUUUGGCGUAUUUUGCGCAGGCCUCGGAUAUUCUUGGAAACAAUCUGGGAGGCAACAGCAUCAUGCAUGCACAAGCAUUUUUGCUUGCUGGUAUUUAUUACGGCCAACUUGGACGAGUAACGGAGAGCUGGUCGUGGAUCAACGAAGGUUGCAGAGUCACGACCAUCUUGCACAACAAGAAAAAGUACCGAGACAGUAUUCUAAGUCGAGAGGGUGGGAAGCAAGCACGGCAAGAGCAGCUUGAUUCCCAGAGUACUCUGGUUUCCAUCCUCUGUUGGUCUGCUCUGCAACUUGAAAGUGACCUUCGAGCCGAACUCGAUCAGCUUCCGAAGCCCAGCCAGCUCAUGUAUUCUGAGCCGAAGAUUGUUCUCCCUCUGACUCUCGUGGGCGUUAGCCAAGACGAAGAGAUCCAGCUGUACUAUGAACCGAAUCUUAAUCCGCAAGAUAUUCUUCAAUCCUAUCACUUUCAGAUACAAUUCAGACUUACUCUGAAUCGUGUGCACGCUGCGUUAUAUUCGAGGAAGUCGCUUCUGCCGCAGAAUCGGAAAAAACGAACCACCGUAGUUUGGAGUGAUGCGGACACCGGUACUUUGUUCGACAAUCUUCAAAACACGAGGACAUUCUUAGGCAAGGCAACAAAAUACUGGUGGCAAGACAGUCAAGAUCUGGCGACGAAUCUUCUAGAGGCACGACUACGUGCCAAGUAUUAUGGGGGAGAAUACAUCAUUCUACGACCGUACAUUUACAAUGCGUUGCGAUGGCAGCAGGAUACAGGAAACACGCCUCAACCGCCGUUUGAUCUCGUAGAAUGGGUACAGAACCACAACGAAUCGGAACGGUUAGCUGCGCAAAAACGCGCCGAACGAAGGAUGCGUGGCGAGGACCCUCCUCAGGAGCAGAUGCAUCUGCCAAAAGCUGAAAUCAGCUACGAGAAAUUUCAGAAUGACCCCCAACUGGCGAAGCAGUUCUUGUGGUGUUGCAAGCGGUGUAUAGAUGCAGCAAUGGCUAGCACGGCGGUCUUCGACGGUGUUGCUAAUCCACUGCAAGACAAACGAUUGAAAGUCACGAACAUUCACGGUACUGCGACUGCGCAAUUUAGUAACAUGCUCGUCCUUGUGGCUGUGACAAGAUCCUGGCUAGCGGUAAUGGUCGACACCAACCGACUUAAGCAACUCAUGGAACGCACGAUUGCGCUUCAUGACAAGCUCUCACCCCUUGCUCCGAUCUUCCGUAUAAAUCGCAAAAUUCUUGCCGCUGCGCGAGAUGAUUUGAGAAAUGCGGAGCUGAUGAAACAAAGAGGGUAUGCCGCAUGGCAAACCAGUCCCGGUAGCGUCCAUGGUUCACAUCCGUCGAUGUCACCGGGAAGCGCCGGCACGCCACGGCCUCCAUACGCGCAGCCCCCAUCAAAUUCGACGCACACCUCAUUCAGUUCGGUUGCACCUUACUAACACGCUCCCUCUCUGUUCGUCAAUGGCCAUGUCCCGAGUCGUCCUGCGUCGCCCUGAGGCUUCUACUUACCGGGAGGCUAUUCACCGCGUCUUCAUCUUCACGACCAUUUUAGAAUCCUAAACCAUCUUCACUGAUGUCGCAGUUUGGCGAAUGACCAUUCUGCGUAGGGCGGCACUCAGUUGUCCACUCUGGUUUUCUAAAUCGGAGAACGGCACUUUUGCAUUCUUGACAUUCUAAUACGCACAUAAGCAGGUGGACUAGCGCUGACUUUUCCUUUUUUUGGAUUUUUCAUACCUUGGAUCGAGCUGUGUGGACUUUUGUAUUUUGUCUAGUGUCUGAUAUCCGCUCUCUCGGAUCGUUUAUCACGGGCCCCAUACUAUUGUUAAAGCCGAACAUGGAGUGCCCGAGCAUUGUACUCGGUGUUUGCUUUUCUCCUUCUCUAGCGAGAUCUCAUUUCGAGCGUUCGCUUUGAGCAACGCUUAAAUACCCAUUGCAGCUUUUAGGCGCACGUAUGGCACAUUGUUACCUUGUCUUUACCUGCUAGGGCGGCGUUUCUGCGAUCUUCGGCACACGCGACGUGCGCAUUCAUGCCGGCGGCAAUCUGUAUUAUUAGCGACUGCCAGGUCGUGCUUUGGAAUUUCUCUUGUUCUCUGGGGUUACGUUUUGUACUGAACAAAUUUUUGAAGUGAAUGGCUGGAUGAUGGAGGCCGAGGAAAUGAACGGCCGAUGUCGACGAGAUCAUGCUCGGAUCGGUCGGGGAGGCUAUUCUGGUACAGAUCUUAUGUUUUUAGAUAUAUUCUUCUUGGACGUUUUGUUGCGGCUGGUCCGGGUCCGCGGAGCAUCUAUCUGACAACGAAUUUGUUCAGUGUGAAUGCGAGGAGAUAUAUCAAGAUUUACUGUGCUCUGUGGACCGGGGACACUCAGAAAUCAAAUUGUCUUGAAAGAAAUUAGAAAAAAAAGUUACUGAAUCAAAAUAGUAUUUCUUCCUG